AUGGGACAGCUCUGGGAGGUGGUUGGCGGUGCUACUGGAGGGGGCAUUCUGGUACGGGAAGGCGAGAAACUUGGUUCAGCAGAACUGCCCCAGCGCCUCUCGACUGGUGCAAUCAUUCGCCAGAAGGAGCUAAAAGGUGAGCGACUCUGCUUUGACCUUGUUUGUGGCGAUGGGCCAACUACUGGCUGGGUCAGCCUCAAACUGAAGGGACGGGACUUGGUCGUACCCUACAAAGAUGGUGCGCCUUUUUGGCUAAAACCAAGCCGGGUAAAGGGCCGUGUCCUUUUCUUGUCUAUCCCCUGGAAGGGCCACAUUGUACACUUGCGACGAAUAGGCCAAUGGUUUUUGGGGCGUCCAAACUACCAAAUGCACUUCGCUUGCAUGCAGGGGGACAAGGAUGAGCUGGAGAAGUUGGGCUUCGAGGUGCAUGCCACAAACGAUGAUGAGAACAUUUGCUCAGACUUCUUCGCGGUCAUAGAGGAUGGCUUCCGGGAGAUUGUGCGUAGCUCCGCCACUGCGCAAUCUCAGGGUGGGAGCACAUUGUGGCUUCAUAUUGUAAGGCAUUUGGCGGACUUUGCAGAUAAGAAGCAGGACCCAAUGGCAUCUUUCUUGUCCUUCUGCUUUCGCGUUCUUUGUAUCGUCAAGCCAGACGUCGUAGUGUGCGAUGGUUUUUGCACAAUGAAUAACCUGGUGCCGGCUUGGUGCGAAGCUGAAAACAUCCGGCUGCUGCCAGUGCAUUCGCCAGGUAUUCCAGAGGACAUGGAGAAGAAUAUGGAGAAAGAGGGAGAAUCUAUUGAAACUCAGAGGAAGAUCCCACGAGAGAUUGAUGCAAAGGCUAUGGGGGUGUCCGUGGAGGUGAUCAAAGCCUUGGAGCAGAAAGUUGAUCCAAGUCAGAUGCCACAGGUGAAUUCAAAUGAGCUUACUCUCAUGGGGCUGAUGCUCACUGUUGGCAGCCUGCCACCAGAGAUGGUGGGUUUCAUGACAGCACCGUUGGCAAAGAAGCUGAAAGUUCCCAUCAAGGUUGCCAGUACUAUCUUGAAGAACUUGAAGACAGAUAACUAUGUUGCUGAGAUCUAUGCGAGCACCAGGAGUGUUGUCGGCCAAAAGACGUCGAAGGAGCGGGUCCUUUUCUGCAGUCCUUUGCUACCUCUCCCAAAGCCUCUGGAGGGUGGCCGGCUGCAAAGAGACCGCGAGAGCUUUGAGGCCACAGUGGCACCCAUUGAAAAGGAUCUCUUGGAGUGGCUGUUCUGCAAAGAACAUACUUCUCCUAUAGUUUAUGUUGCCUUCGGAAGCAUAGUGCGACCGAGCAAGGAGAUGAUAGAGAAGCUGGCCAAAGCGCUAGAUGGCGAUAGUUGGAGGGUUCUUUGGGUUUUGCCUCAGGAGAUUCAGAGUUUUCUUCCAACAGACAGGCCCAAUGCACGCCGCUGGCGGGUGGAAGCCUUUGUGCCCCAGGCAGAUGUUCUGAAAUGUGAGAGGAUCAGAUGCUUUCUGAGUCACAUGGGCGCGAAUAGUACCACUGAAUCGUUGGUUUGUAGUGUUCCUAUGCUUUGCUGCCCUUUCUACAUGGAUCAGUUCGAGUGGACUUGGACAGUCUGUGAGCACUUGGGAGCAGGGUUGCAGAUCGGCAAAGCCUCCAGCAUCGAAGAGAUUCAACUCAAACUGCGAAGGUUGUUGGAUGAGCCGCAGUUCACCGAGCGGGCUGCGUGGAUCUCGCAAGUCAUGCGUUCACAGGCGGAAGGAAUGCUUAGCAAGCUGGGGCCUGAUAUGGAGCCACCUGAAAAUACUCCUUUGGGCGUGGGUGCAUCAGUUGCAGCAGCGGUUAUUCUUGCAUCUUUAGUCAAGGAGCACUGCGUAUGUGCUCUGAAGAACGCCGUCAUUGCCAAACUUGAAGGAAACAUGGAACUCGCUGGACAAGGUCUAGCUGCGACCCGUCCGGGAAUAAGCUGCAGCUUCCUACAGCAAUUUUGA